CUUACACUGAAACGAAAAGGAAGAGCCACUGCCUAACACUUCUCCGGCGACGGUCUUAAAUGCGGUAAGAAAAAAUAAGGCGCAACGAAGGGAGUCAAUAAAAUGAUACAUCAAAGCGAAGAAAAAGCAGUUGUCCUUAAGACCUUAACGAAAACUAUUGAAGCAACCGGGUCAAAAAGCGAGAUUGGAUAAAUCCUCCGGCCAUGGCGAUUCGUCUCCCGGCCCACGCUUUCGCCGGAAACCCUCUAAGCUUGGCCAAGCUCGUCCAAUCACCUAAUUCCGCACUCGACAAGUUAAAGUCGCUUCUUUUGGAAGGGCCGGCGGAGUAUUCGACGCCGGAAGUGAAGAUCCUGGUUUUGAGGAAGGGCCGGCCGCUGGUGCGGUCGUUGGAUCCGGUCGCAGAUUCAACGCCGAUUUGGCGUUUGGGUUGGAUCUCUCCGUCGCAGGUUAAGGAGGUAUCUUUGGAUUCCUUUGUCUACCUGGGUUCGGGGAAAGAGGAAGGUGAGGCGUAUUGGGCGGUUGAUGUCACUGACGCCGCUACUGGUCGGUUGGGUAGCGGAAGCGAUGGGCUUCACUUCGUCGAGUUGAGAACUCUAAUGGUUGCCGCCGAUUGGGCUGAUGCGGGUGCCAUGGGUGAAUUAUCGAUUGCUGGACAUGCCCGAGCUUUACUGGAUUGGCAUAGAACUUCAAGAUUCUGUGGCUAUUGUGGAACCAUCACAUCUCCCAUAGAUGCUGGAAGGCGGAAGCAAUGCUCUGAUGAAUCAUGCAAGAAAAAAAUAUAUCCUCGAAUCGAUCCUGUUGUUAUCAUGCUAGUAAUUGAUAAGGAAAAUGACCGUGCACUUUUGAGCCGUCAAUCGAGAUUUGUUCCUCGCAUGUGGAGCUGCCUUGCUGGCUUUAUAGAGCCAGGAGAGAGCUUAGAAGAAGCCGUGCGAAGAGAAACCUUGGAGGAAACGGGCAUUGAAGUCGGUCAAGUAAUCUAUCAUAGCUCACAGCCAUGGCCAGUUGGACCAAGCAGCAUGCCAUGCCAAUUGAUGGUCGGAUUUUUUGCCUAUGCAAAAUCACUUGAAAUUCGUGUGGACAAGGCGGAAUUAGAAGAUGCUCAAUGGCACAGCAAGGAAGGUGUGAAGAGGGCAUUGACGGUCACGGAUUACGGGAAAGCUCAGAGAACGGCGGCCAUGAAGGUGAACCAGAUUUGUAAAGGAGUUGAUCAAGGCCAGAGUUUAGCUUCAGACUUCAAAGUAGAGAGUGAGAAACAUUCUCCCAUGUUCAUUCCAGGACCAUUCGCCAUUGCUCACCAUCUGAUAUCAUCGUGGGCUCACGCUGAAUCUCUUCCUGGAGAUCAAUUCAGUUCUGCUUCCAGCUUGUGAAACAUAGUCCCAGAUUAUUUGUUAUUAUGCUUUGCAUUAAGAUUGUAUGAUAUGAAAUGAGAUUAUUGGGAGAUUGGUAUGUGGGCUUUUACUGCAUGGAAGUUUAUGUUUUGUUAUUGAUAUUUUUGUAUUUCUAAAUUCUUAUGAUGAUUUUUACUCCUUUAAGAAAAGAGUACAUGAGCUUGAGUUC